AUGACUCAAAAUAUCGCUUUUGGAACGGCGAUUGUGCCGCCGCCACCCGUCUUUCUACCUGUUCCCGACACGCCCACCCUUGCGUGGCCGGCAUGGAAGCGUGCCUUCACCGCUUUUCUUGGCGCUUCGGGGUUCGAACAGAUGGAACCACGUCGUAAAAGACAACUCCUGUUUUUGUUGCUCGGCACGGAAGGCCAGCGUGUGGUUGACGCAUUCCGCUUGGACGAUGCACCGGCGACUGAGCUCAAUGACGAGUAUGAAAUAUUUUUGGAGAAGUUAGAAAAACACUUUGAGUUCUCGGGGUCCGUAACACUGGAAAGAAAGAAACUCCGUGCUAGAGUCCAACGUCCUGGCGAAUCAGUCUCCGAAUACCUCGCCGCAUUACGUCAUCAAGGCUCUUUCUGUAGCUACGGCGCUACGUUAGACGAACGCCUGUGUGAAAUCUUUUUGGAGGGGUUGGAUUCGAAGAGAGUUCAGGACCGCAUUUUACGUGAAUGCAUCGGGGCCGAGGUACCCACCCUGGACAGAGCGUUCCAGCUCGCAAUACAAUUUGAACAACUUGCGAAAACGACUGAAUCGUUUCAUCGCCAGACGAGCGCGGUGUCGUCUUUCCCUGUUAACGACGGAAGCCGCGGUUUGGAACCGGCAGCGGUCCAAGAUAUUCAUGCGUAUGCUCAGUGGCCUGCGAAUCAAGAUGGCGGAGCUUCCGUGUUCCCCGCCCAACUCUAUCACCAAUAUGGUCACCCUCCGUGUCCUUCCACCGGGAUGACCCCGUCGCAGCGAGGUCCCGUGAUGCCGUGGGGUCAACCAUCGUCUGACGGCCAUCUUCCCCGUUUCCAAGGGCGGGCAAGGCGGCCAACAGUCCGCGAGCCUCCUCCUCACCGGGCGAGGGAGAGGGAAGAUGCAGGCUCUCUCUCUACGAGCUGGCUCUGUGGCUGGCGCGACCAUGCCCGCGAGUUCUGCCCGGCACGGAACGCGACGUGCUUUCUGUGUGGGAAGCAGGGACAUUUUGCUCUGUGCGGGGUCGAGGACAACCCCGGUGCCGUGGACAACUUCCCGGACGCUACCAGAGCGGCCGUUUUUAUCGACGAGACGGAUCGACCCAUGUGGGAACUGUCCAUCAGGAAGUCCUGCCGAGUGUGA